GCAAAAGUGAUAUUUUACAUGUGAAAAAGUUCAAUAACAAACAAGUUUUCCAGAAGUGAUAAGUCAGAAAAAUUUUCACUUUUUCCAUCAUUUUUACAAUUUUCCUUCAAAUUCUGCUCCUCCUUUCGAAGUUUGACCUUCAGCAACCUUCCACCAUUAGCGUUUUCAGAGGCGAAGUCAAAGGAAGCCCCAUGGACGCAACCAGGCACACAUGCCUGAAGCUUGAAGUUCCAACCAACGCGCAGCCGAACGAUAGAAGUUCCAUCUUCGUCAAAGGCACUUGGAAUCAUCACCAUUUCGAUCUCUCCAUCACCGAUGGCCUCAACGCUUGGUCGUGCCAUGCAACGGAGGACGAGGUUCUAUUGCGCGCUGCUCAAUGGGACCAAGAACCAUCGGACUAUGUGGCAUUAGCCGAGCGCUAUUUAGGGUUUCAACAACCUGGUUCGGUCUAUGGAUUUACCGAUGCUGGAAAUGGGGACAGGAGGCUUUCUUGGACAUUUGACAAAGAAGGGAUGAAGUUAGAAUGGCGAUGGAAGUGCAAACCAGCGUCUGAUAAUAAGACAACUACAGCAGGAAUAUUGGACUUUCUCAUGGAUGCAAACAUAAGGCUGAGCGAAGAGGUUGUGAGAAAAACUCAAUUGUUCGAGAGACUGAAGUCGGAGUCUGAGAGAUGUUUGGCCCAGAGCGAGAAGAUUUGUGAUGAAAAGGUGGAGUUUGAAACUGCAAUAUAUGCCAAGUUUCUAAAUGUCUUGAAUGCAAAGAAAGCAAAACUUAGGGAGUACAGAGAUCAACUUUCAAAACAGACUACUACCGGUAGCAAACUGAAACAAGAAGAGUACUCCUCUGAUAAAACCGAAUCUUUUGACGAUGAAAGCGAUGCAGAAAAGAACUGACGACUUGAAAGUAUUUAACUGGCACGACUAGCAUAUGGAGGAAUGUUACAUGAAAUAAGUUGGAUUUGUUACCUGUGAAUGUUAAACCUUUUUUAUUUCCUUCUCUCUUUUUGGACAACAAAUGUGGAGAGAGGAUUUGACUCUUGUAUUGAUGAGCUAUGUUUAUAGAAACAGAGAACGGUGCAAAAUACUACAUUUUGGAAAAAAA